AUGUCUGAGCCAUACGUGAGCGACGAUGACUGGUUGACGCGUCAUGUCGCUUCCAUCUCGUGGAACAUGAAGACGCCCUCGUACACUGCCCAGCUGAAAGCAAAACGAUCUACGAAUCACUGUCAGAUGAGCGAGUCGCCAGUCGGCCAGCGAGCGUGCUUCGUGAACAACCUCCCCGCUGAACUACUCAUCAAGAUCUUCUGUUAUCUUCCUUGGGACAGGGAUAAUCUCGCGGAGAACGGACUGCUGUGGAACUGGGUCGAUAUCACGCGUGUCUGUAGGCUAUGGCAGGAGACAGCCUAUCUUAGCGCGGAGUUCUGGUCUCGCGUGCCGCUGCAGAGCGCCCACACCGUCGCACGAUCGCUACAAUUGGCGGGAGACGUGCCUUUGCGGCUCUUUGCAGACUUUAAGAAGCCGUGGAAGACCAAAGACGCACUUGCUCUCGCUCUCGCUCACCUACCCCGCAUCAUUGAACUUUCCAUCACCGGAACCACUGUCCUAUCCAGCGGCUGGUGGUACGUCGCCAGAUGCCUUUGUGCACGAAAGGCCACCAAUCUACGAUGCCUUACGAUGCAAUUCGACGGGCAUGGAGGCGGCUAUGGAGACUUCCCUGGGUUUUCCCUCUUCAACUGUGUCCCUGCACCCACGUUGCAGUCACUCGAGCUUUCCGGGUUCGCGUUACCCUGGGCCGAGGAAUGCUGGACGUUUCUGGUCCCUUCGCUCACUCACCUCACGCUCGAAAACUGCGAUCUCGAGUAUCAUUGGAGCACCAUAGAGGCUACAGAGGAUCCCGAAGAACCCACCGUCGAGGCUGCAGAGCAGUCGAUGUUUGACGCGUUGAGCAAUCUGCCACUUCUGCAAGUACUUUCUAUAACCAACUGCAAGAUGCCUCUUGAUCUGGAUGCAAACGAAUUCACAUCGCCCAUACAACCGUUGGCCUACCCCCAUCUACACAGUCUUACUCUCGACGCGACUGUGCGCGCGAUCACCCGCCUGCUAGGCAAUAUGACUAUUCCACCCACGACGUCGUUGGAUGUCUCCUACCAUCAUGCUCCCUACCUCAGUCUCAGGGAAAGCUCGUCCGAGUUCGUCAACACGAUGUUGUUCUUUGAGCGUCAUUUCGGUGCGCACACCGCGAGCGGUGCACAAUAUUCACAGGCACGCGUGAGGUUCGAUAAUAACAAAACCCUGUCUCGAGAGGACUCGAUUCGAGAAGUGAUCUAUGCCUACUGUGCCCCCACCGACGGCAAAGGCCUCUCUCUUCCUGCGCAGACAACGAUCAAGCACCUUUGGUUCGGAGACUGCGAUAUGGAGAUUCACGACUACGCACUCUUCGCCGAGUCCAUUUGCGCGCGCAUCCCAUGCAACUCAACCGACACCUCCCUAGAAAUCACUCAGCUUGGACGCAUCAACUUUGACCAUAUGUUCUACAUGUACGACGCAUGGUACGACGGCCCAUUCGACAUGGAUCGGGUGCGGGACUUGACCCUAAUCAUCGACGGCUUCCAAGUAUGCCAGUUGCUGCUGCAUCGCAUCGAUCAACCGCUUCCUUUGUUAACGUCUAUCAAAUUGAAGAGCUGCGAUAUCGAAGGUCCGAGACUGAAGCAUUUCGAGGACCUUCUGAGGAAGCGCACUGCGCUCACAAUCUGCGCGAUGGAUUGCUUCGUCGAUAAGGGCGUCAAGAUGCAGCUUGACGAGGAGUUCGGGGAACGGCUCCGCUGGGAGCAUCCGAUGUUCAUGAUGAGAGGGGAUUCGCGAGAGGAAAGCACGAGGCAGUAA